AUGAGUUUGCUGGCUUGGCUUGCAGCUGUCUCCCCUGUUUCUGGGUCGGUAGGCGGAGGAGGCCCAGGAGUUCGGCAGGAUGCUACCUUCACCAACGUCGAAUACCAUGGCUCAUUGCUGUUCGGUGGGCAAGAUGGAGGGCUCUCCUUGUCGGAUGUGUGGCAGUUCGCAGCUUCGAGCUGGAAGGUGCUAUCUAUUCCGGGGCUAAGGCCGCAAUCAAGGCACAGCCAUGCGGCUACAUCUGUAGGGAAGGACCUAUUCAUCUAUGGGGGCUAUCAUGUUUCCGGCACCACCGGGACAUAUCUUUCAGACAUGUGGCACUUUAAUCCCGCUACGCGGGUAUGGGCACAAGUGGCCUUCAGCACUCAGAACGACGUGAACCCAAUACCUCGAUACGGCCAUAGCAUGGAAGUUGCACCUGAUCAGAGUGCAAUCUUCAUGUUCGGAGGAUUUCAGCUUAGACACUCCACCUGCAGUAGAUCAAGAGAGCUGUGGUCCCUGGAUUUGACCAGCUUGGCGUGGGAAGAAAUGCUGCCAUCCACGGAUGGUCCCGAUCUGCGCUAUGGUCAUGGCAGCGCCGUGUCCAAACGCCGUGGUCUCAUGUUUAUUUUCGGCGGCCGUCAGCUUGGGACUUGCGGGCACGUGCUUUUCAACGAUCUGUGGAGCUAUUCGUUCGCAAGUAACACUUGGAGCCAGCUAUCCGGUCCAGGUGCUCCCUUGGCUCGGAUCCAGGUCAACAUGGCUUACGAUGAACUUGAGGACCAGCUGAUCAUCUAUGGUGGUGAGCUUGCGAGUAACCAGGAUUCAGGGUCGUUGUACCAGUUUGAUGUGGGGACUCACCAAUGGAGGACUUUACACGAUGGUGCGUUGGAUGCUCCUCCGGCCCGCCACAGUGCAAGCGCUGUAUUGCUUGCUCCAGGUACCUUUGUGAUCUGCUGUGGAGAUGUGGGAGGAGCUGAGGUGGAUGACACUUGGAAAGUGCAGCUCGCGAUCCGCGCGCUUUGCACACCUGGGCAGGUCUUCAAUGGAACCGGCUGCUCCGAGUGUCCCGCCGGCAAGUACGAUGCAAACCUGGAGACGGACAUAGACGACUGCCUGGCCUGCGAGGAGGACACCUAUUCGAAUGCGGGCAGCACAUCCUGUGCCCCUCUUCUUGGACCUUGGAUCCAAGCCCUCCCUCCGCCAGAUUUGACUAUUGUGAGAAACCUUGUCGGGAGUUUCCAGUUGUCGGUGAGCACGGCCUUUCUUCCGAGCCAUUUUCACGGCAUUGCCUCCGUGCCACACUAUUUCGUGGACCUGGGGCCGACUCCGGACUCGUUGCAGCCACGCACAGACUGCAGUUCGCAGUGGCAGAGGAGCGUGUACAACAACCAGCAUCAGCUGAUUGCGGAGCUGACAUAUGCAGACUUUGAUGACAAGUGUCCGUUGAAUGAGACCCAGUCCGGAGACCUCAUUCAGCGUUCUGGAUAUGCUGCGCUCUUCGCCGUGCUUGUCGGAGCGAGCGAUUUGACAGUCGCUAAGCUGGUGAUGGCUUUGCAGCUGAACUUCACGCGCACUGCAACUGGGGUUUAUGCCGGCUAUGUGGCGACAGGUUCGCAUGAGGUUGGCCAACAGACAUUCGUGCUGGGCCCUUUCCACUCCAGCGUGCACUUCUAUGGUGACGACUACCAAACAAAGUAUGACCCUGCUGUGUAUGUUUAUGGGUCUGUGGCCUACGUGGAGCAUGAACUGCUGGAAGGUCAGCUAGAGAUGGACAUUGCGCAGGUCUGGAUUUCCAGCUCCAGAGAUUCCAGCGAUUCGACGGCCCUCACCGAGAAUCUUACAGACUCCAUCGUGCUCUCCGCGUCCGACACAUUGGGCAAGGCGCGCUUCUGGUUCGAAGUGAGUGAGCAGCCUGGGUGCUCACUUUGCUUUCUUCACGUGCUGAGCAGUGUGAGCAAGGACACUGGCGGCCGACGUCUGGCAGUGACCUAUCAUGCGCUCGAGUUCCGGGCAAUGGAAAUCCGGCCUCCAGAAGAUGGUCAGGCUUUCAUUGUGUCCGUUGAGAUGUCGCUACUCAUCGCGUCGUUUGCAGCUUUCGUGUGUGGAACUUUUUGGCUAGUCACGAAGUGGAGCCUUGAUGUAGAGCCGGAAGGAGGCUUCUUGUUUGUCGAGGCCAUUGACUGCGUUCUUGAUGUUGUGGGAUGGGCCGGUGCGUACGCUACCGGUGAUCUUGACUUCACCAAUGAUGGUGGCUUUGUGAGGGACAUCCUGUUAGGAACGACAGUUGCCAGUGUCGCCCUCUUCCUCGUCGAGUUGGCCAUCUACGUCUUGGGUCAGCAUGGCUGUGUCCUUCCUAAUCACCGCAACAACCGGAGAUUUCGCUGGUUCUUGGAGGCUGUUCACUUUGCCGGGGAGGAUGUCUUUCAAUUGACCUACUACCUCAUGGCCACUCUGAGCGAGCUACAAGGUGGUGGCCUGGGCUGGUCGAUCAUCGUUGGCGUGGGUCAGGCGGGCGGGGGGGUCCUCCUGAAGCUCGCCUACGAGAUGCACAAGGCGUGCAAGGCUCGCACAUCAGAAGUGAAAGCCGGGGAUCGACAGUGA